CCGUUCUGUAGUUUUCCACAAUAAUACAUUCUAAAAAAAAAAUUUCUUUUAAGAAAAGUGUUUUUUAUUUUUAUUUUUUUUCCAAGUGUACAAUUUAUUCAGUUAAAGCUUCUAAAUUAGAAAAACAGGCUUGAAUAACGAAAGCAAGUAGAAAUGUCAGAAAUAGAGGGACAAAGUAUGUCAGAUUUGUACAAAGGUUCAAUAGAGAUUAAUAAUAACACUCCAAAAGGAAUUGUUCAUGAAAAGGAUAACAUUUCUGCGUUAAAUCCUUUUACAAGUUUUUCGUUGGAAAAUGCUACUUCAAUUAACCAAUCUAGUAAAGAGCACCACUCUAUUAUUCCAGAACAACUUCCUUUUACUGAAAAUAACCCUCAUAUGAUGACAAAAAUUCCUCAAAGUGAACAAAUAACAUAUAUUGCAAACUUUUCCUCUAGGGUACAACAAAAAGAAAAUAGUGUAGACGAACAGCAGGAAAUAGAUAUUACCAGUAGCAUCCAACCAACAUCGAAGAACGAAAUAAAUUCUGAUACUAUUCAAAAUGUUUCUAACUUCGAAGGAGUAGUUGAAACUCCUCUGAAAUUGUUUAAUCCAGACCUUUUUAUGCAAAAUCAGACAGAAAUGCCUUUGCCCAACUCUAAUAUUGAUAUUGAUAACAAUUCAUUGGCCCAAGCUUCUAUUGAGCAAUCACCUGAACCAUCUGUGAAAAAAGAACCGUCUUUAAAACAAGAAUUAUCCAUUGAGCAGCAAACAUCUACAGAAUCGCAAUACUCUAAUGAUAAAACUUCACCCAAUAUUGGAGUAAAUUAUCAAAAUAAUGUUAUUAAUUCAUUACCUUAUAUAAAAAUGGAAAAUAAUAAUAUGGAAACAGAUGAUAAUUUCAAUUCCAAAGAAAACAACGAUAUUAAUGUAAAACCUUUGCGCGCAAAAGCUGCUGACCUCUUUAAUGUACCAAAUGCUCAUCUAUCGUCAGAAAUCAGUUAUCAAGAUGAGAAUAAUAAUCAAUCCAAAAAUGAAGGUAAUUCGUUGAGUGAGUUUGGGCAAAUUCCUCAAUUGUCUAAUGUACAAUCUCCUGCUAUUGAAGGAAAUAUUUAUCAGAGUGAAAUUGAACAAAGUGCACAGCUUAAUAAUAACCAAACUAAUAGAGAACCAAGAAGAUGGAGAAAUCAUCGUUCUCCUAAUUCUUCACAAUUUGAUAAUGAGAAAUCUGAUCAUAAAGGUUCAUUAAAUUUAAGAAAAAUAUCAGAUGCAGAGUUUCAAGCUUUGCCUUCUGGAUCACGUUUAUUUUUAGGAAAUUUAUCAACCCAUUCAACUUCAAGAAAAGAACUUUUUGAUAUUUUUUCUCCGUACGGAGAAAUUUUGCAAAUAUCUAUUAAAAAUAGUUUUGGAUUUGUUCAAUAUGAUAAUGUUGAAAGUGUAAAAAAAGCGAUAGAGAAAGAAAAUGGAAGGAUUUUACAUGGAUUAAAAUUGGGAUUGGAAAUAUCCUACAGUAAACCGUGGAAUCAUUCACCUGCUCAAGAAGAAGGAGGAUUUAAAUCUGGGGUUAUUCACAGACACAAAAAACAUUGGAAUCAAAGAGGAGGUCAUAAAAACGCAUGGCACCAAAGUGAGCGCGAAUUUUCUUCUUCAACCAGUAGAGGACAUCAUGGACAAUCAUUUCCUAAUCGCAGACAUAAUGAAUACGAGCGUCGACCAAAUGAUCCUAAGUUCGGUCGUCGUACAUCAUAUGAUUCGAGAAGUGGGUAUGAUUACCCUGAUCAUAAAGAAUUUCGAUCACAAGAAUUUCGUGAAGAUUUUAAGGAAGAACAUGAUUACCGCCCACGUGAAGAAAGAGGAUUCAGACGUGGUUCAUAUCGCGAACAACAUCGCGAGGAACGUUUUAAACAUCGUUCUAAACCUUAUAAAAUUCCCUCUCGUGACUUUAAUAAUGAACGACGUCAAAGUCGUGAAUAUCCAUAUCGUUCCCAAUCACAUGAUGAACCUAAUGAAGAAUUUCCUUUGCCUCGACGUCAAGGAAGUGAUGUACCAGAAUGCCAAAUUAUUGUCCUUGAAGAAGUAGAGCGUAACUUUUUAUGGCAAGUCGAAAAAGCUUUUCGUGAAGCAUCAAGUACUGUCCAUAUUCUUCAUUUGUCUCGGAAAUUACAUCCUCAAUCUGUUAUUCGUCAGAUGGUUAUAGAAGGAGUUCAUGCUGUUGUUUUUAUUGAGAAACAUCUUGCAUUAAAUGGAAGAGUGAAUAUGCAAAUAUUUGAUCAAACACGAUCUAGGGACAAUGUCAAAUAUGAUGAAUAUAACAAUAUUAAAGUUGAAGAAGCAGUUGGUUUUUUAUUGCGCGCUAGAGUUUCUCAACGUCCAAUAGAAAUUAGAACAGAUAAUAAUUUGUUUGGGCAACAAAAUAUGCAACAAGUACCACAAUUGCCGUCAAUCACAGGACAACCAGUUACAACUAAUAUUAAUCCAAUUUCUUUAAAUAAUGUUAAUUUUGCUGCACUCGCGAAUUUACUCGGAUCUCUUCAACAACAGCAACAAUCUGCACCUGCUUCCGCUCCCGCUCAAGGAAUACAACCAAUUCCUAUGAUUCCACAAGUAGGAGGUAUCCAACCUUCUCAACAACCCAAUUUGUUAUCUCAACAGCAGCCACCAAAUAUAGAUGUACAACAAUUACUUCGCCAACUUGCUCCUCAAAAUUCUGGACUUCAGAAUCAAAAUCCGUUUAUGUCAAUGCCACAGCAACUAGCACCAAAUCUUGCAUCGCCAAAUCUUGCAUCACCACAAUCUCACUUUAGUCCUACAGCUAUGAUGAAUCAACCUCCCAAUAUCCUUUCACAAAAUACAAUAUCAUCCAGUGGAAUACCUUUAUCACAGCAUCAGGCUCCACAUAUCAACCCAAAUGUGUCUCAAUUCUCAACUCCAAUUUCCGCUCCAUCUAAUGUAACAGAUUUAAUGACUCAAUUUAAACAAUAUAGCACUCAGCGUUGAAAGUAUUUAUAUUUCUUACAAUAUCGCAUAUUUAUUUGCGAAAUUCUUAAUUCUUAAGAAUUCAAGUGUAAUGUUUGUAAUUUUUUUCUAUUAUUUAAUAAAAAUUGCAUUUAAAUAU